AAGAAGAACUAUUAUGUAAAAAAAUUUUAAAAGCAAUUAGCUCUUUAAUGCCAAUUUCUAAAGAACAACAUCAAAAAUUAGAAGGACAAUGUCUCUGGCAAACAAAAACUAAGGAUGCACUUAUUAAUUUACCUGUUCGAUUUUGUAAAGUAUUAGAACUUGACUCAACUUCUAAAAUAUGUCAUAGAUGUAUAAAGUUUACAAACAAUGACCCAGAUUAUAUUACAAAUAAUAAUGAUAGUCAAGCAACUAAAUGA